CGGUGUGUGCUAGUUCAGUGAAUUCGGCGUAUUUUGAGUAAAGUGGUGUAAUUAAAAUUAUAAAAUAGAACAAUUAGCUCCAUCACCAUGGAUGAGUUUGCGUGACAGUGAAAACGUAAUACGCUUUAAGGUUUCGCUUAGCUGAACACCAACGAUCGCCGCGAGUGCAAGAAUAAAAGCCAACAACCAGCCAGUCAAGGCCUCCCAUCGACGACGGUUCAAUUCGUGCUGAUAUUCAGGCAAAUCUGAUCAAAUGGCUUACCUAUCGGAUGUUGACCUUGCGACAUUGCAUCGAUCACGACUGGAGGAACGUGUCCAUUACAAGUUGUCCUCUUGGUGUCACAAAUCGGCCACCAUCGAUGGCACCAGUGGCCACAUCGGUCAGUCCCAGUACGCAGCGAGCACAGCUUUGCCGGCUCAAGUUUCCGCCAGUUCCCGUUCGGCUAGUCGUUCGUCCACCACGGAUGACAUAAUCAACAAUAACGGUGGUGAACUUGAACCGGCCCACUCGGCGGCUGCAAGACGGGCUGCUCAACAGCAGAAGAGCCCUACCAGUAGUAGUAGUAAUACCAGUGAAGCAAACACUUCAACCUACCUUGGAGAGUCUCGACGAGUGGUGACGUCAGGGCAUCUUCACCACCAUCGGGCUGGAGCCGGCAGGCACCAGUCCAAUGUGCAUGUGAUCAAACACCGCAACCGGAAUAGCAAUAGCAGCCUGACCAGCAGUGGUUGCAACGGCGUCGAUAUGAGUACCAUCAAUAGCAGCAAGAGCGGGGCCAGCAGCAGCAGUAGUAUUACCAGCAGCGGCAGUAACGGUUACAAGCACGUCGAAUGGAGCGAUGACGAUUACCUCAACGACGAUGGGUACUUCUCGUCCGAGACGCGCCGCAGGAGAUCCGGCACGUGGCCGCGAACACGAAGUUUGAACGCGCCCUCACCGUUCCAACAGUUUGGACCAUGUGGCCGUAUUAUGAAAAACUCCGCCAUGGUGAUGCAAAUUCAAGACCCUGCCAGCCAGCGACUGACCUGGUACAAGCCUCCGCUGGCGGUCCUAGUGAUAAAGAAGGUUCGUGAUUCAAAGGUGCUGCAACCGUUUGUGGAGCUGGUGGAGUGGUUGAUCCAGGAGAAGCACAUGGUCGUGUGGGUAGAAGCUGCUAUCUUGGACGACCCUCUAUUGACCGGUGAUAAACGAUUCACCAAAAUUCAGGAUAAACUGAUAACGUUCAAGGACGGCCGGGAUGACCUGACGGACAAGAUCGAUUUCAUUAUUUGUCUUGGAGGCGACGGAACGCUGAUAUACGCGUCGUUGCUAUUUCAGAAGUCGGUUCCACCGGUGAUGGCUUUCCAUCUGGGAUCGCUCGGAUUCCUCACACCGUUUCAGUUCGAUAACUUCCAGGAACAGGUUACCAAUGUCCUGGAGGGGCACGCUGCUUUGACGCUGCGCAGCCGAUUACGGUGUAUUAUCGUGCGGAAAGACAAGACGGAACAGGAAAUUUCAACGUUCAAAUCAUCGCAGGAUCCCGCAACUAAUAUUUUAGUUCUCAACGAAGUGGUCAUCGACCGCGGUCUAUCGUCGUACCUGAGCAAUAUCGAUCUGUUCCUGGAUGGGAAACACAUCACUUCGGUGCAGGGUGAUGGUCUGAUUGUGUCCACGCCCACUGGAAGUACGGCGUACUCGGCCGCUGCAGGAGCUUCCAUGAUUCAUCCCUCGGUGCCGGCGAUCCUGGUGACGCCGAUUUGUCCACAUUCGCUUAGCUUCCGGCCGAUCGUGCUGCCGGCUGGUGUGGAAUUGAAGAUUGCUCUUUCGCCGGACAGUCGAAAUAGCUCGUGGGUUUCGUUUGACGGCAGGAACCGUCAAGAAUUGCUCCAUGGUGAUAGUCUCCACGUGACGACCUCGAUCUACCCGGUGCCAAGUAUAUGCGCCCAGGACCAAAUCGCCGAUUGGUUCGAUUCGCUGGCCGAGUGCCUGCACUGGAACGUCCGCAAGCGACAAAAAUGCUUGGACGAAUUGUCCGACCUGACCGGUUCCGGAACGGAGGACAGCGCUAUCGAGGAGAUCGAACGCGGAAUGGAGAACCUGGAGAGUUAGAAACCAUCUCAGUGAGUGCCGGACCCCUUUUUUAUGGUUCGCGCUCGUCGUGUCGGAUGCUGGGCAUAGAUGGAACCCGCCACUACAACUGCAACUUACUGUGUACUAUCGAAUUGUGUUCUGUGAGAGUAACGUGUGGCACAAAAUCAUCGGUUCACGCCUUUUUUCGUUCUUCUUUGAUGCCCACCUGUUUAUGAGUUACCACAAUUUUAUUUUACGUUUUCUGGGAAUCAAGUGACAAACCAGGGACUGCUUUCACGAUAAAAAAAAUAAAUAAAUGCUAGGUAAAGACUGUGAAGAUUAUGAGCAAGCGAGGGAUGAGGUUAAGGAUAGGCUUUUCGUAUUUCAAAUACAAAACAAUAAUCGGAUGAUCGUACUGUGUAGAAGCGUUCAGUUGGUCUUUUUCUGUGCAUGUUAGCGAACUGAGUAGAGGUCAGGAUGGAUAGGAUCUGGGAAGGUUCUACACCUAUGAGGAAGGUCAACGAACGAGGAGUUGAGGAAGCUAUUGCUAGUGAUCUGUUCAUUCCGAAUUGGAGCCAAGUGCAGUGAUUGUUCUAGGGAGAAUCGUCUGACGAAUAUUUAAUGAACUGUUCAUGUUCAAGUUUGACUUAGAAAAAAAGAAAACAAAAAGGAUAUUAAUUUAAUGGAAAGACACACACACACACAGACAGAAGUGAGUUGAAGGUAAAAGAGUAAGACAUGCUUGGCGUGAGUGUGAAAUCGGAAAAUCAUAGGUGGUUAAAAUGCAUCUUUUUGUAUUCUAGAUGUAGGUUUUUACGUUAAUAUUUCAUAAAAGUAAAACAAUCCAUACGUGAACAUGAAGCUAAAGCCGCAUGGAUGGUAAUGAUAUAAUGAAAACAGGCAAAUCAAAAACAAUUGUUGAAUUAGCUCCUAGAAAAGUUGAUCUUUUUA